CUCCAUUUUUGCUGGGGGUCUCAGGAUAUAACAAUGAAUUCCAUUUAUAUGGGAAGCUAACUGGUACAGGGGAGAAAAGACUGGGUCUGAAGUCAGGAAGACUUAAAUUCAAAUCCAGUCUCAAACACUUACUAACUGGAUGAUCUUGGGCAAAUCACUUCACCCUGUUUUCCUCAGUUUACUAAUCUGUAAAAUGAGAUGGAAAAAGAAAUGGCAAGCCACUCUAGUAUCUCUGUCAAGAUAACACAAAUGGGCUCUUGAAAAGUUGGACGUGAUUGAAAUAAAUGAACUAACAGAUUUUAUUUGCAGGUUCUUGAAAUACUUUGCCCACAAAAAAUCCAUGAGAUAAACUGAACAAGUAUUCUUAUCUCCAUUUUACAAAUAAGGGAACAAGGGGCAGCUAGGUGGCUCAGUGGAUAAAGCCCCAGCCCUAAAAUCAGGAUGACCUCAGUUCAAAUCUGGUCUUAGACACUUAACGUGUCCUGUUUGUGUGACCCUGAGCAAGUCACUUAACCCCAACUGCCUCAGGGGGGGGGAAACCCAACCAAAUAAGAGAACUAAUUUGAGAAAGAUUAAUAGACUUGUCAAAAGCAAGUGGGAAUGCUGAGACUUAAACCCAGAUCUGGUGUCACCAAGUACUGGCUCCACUAUCAGAUGCUGUUGCCCCAGAGUAACCCUCCUAUAACAGGUGAGAUCUGAGAAUUUGCUGAGAAGAAAGCCUAGUGUAAUCUAGGCUCGUAGUCCAUGCAGGGACAAAGAAAUCUUUCCUUAUCCCCGCCCACUAUCAGGAACAACAUUGCACAGAAAUUAAUUGGUCUUAAAGUCUCUUUAUUAUCUUUUGACUAUUUGUGUUGCUUUGGAGCCUCAGCUAAGCAAAUAGAUUAAGUGAUCGGUGGCCACAGGGAGAUUUUCCCCUGAAACUUCCACUGACAUCUUUCACCAUGACUCAAUUCACAUUUCUGGCCCAGGUUAGGGCCCGGAUCCGAAUUCGUAAUCUUCUAGUGCGACAAUGCUUGGCUGAAUUUUUGGGUGUCUUUGUACUUAUGUUCAUCACACAGGGGGCAGUGGCUCAGGCUGUUACCAGUGAGGAAUCCAAAGGCAACUUCUUCACCAUGUUCUUGGCAGGCGCCUUGGCUGUAACGAUUGCCAUCUAUGUGGGAGGCAAUGUCUCAGGAGCCCAUCUGAAUCCUGCUUUCUCCUUGUCCAUGUGCCUAAUGGGUCGCCUACCUUGGACCAAAUUUCCCAUAUACAUUCUGGUACAGCUAAUUUCUGCCUUCUUUGCCUCGGGAGCAACCUAUGUCCUCUACUAUGAUGCUCUGCAGAACUAUACUGGUGGAAACCUGACAGUAACUGGCCCCAAGGAGACAGCCUCCAUCUUUGCCACCUAUCCAGCCCCUUAUCUGUCCCUGGAAAAUGGCUUCCUGGACCAGCUUCUAGGUACUGCUAUGCUGAUGGUGGGCAUCUUUGCCAUUAUAGACACCAAGAACAAGGGAGUGCCUGCAGGACUGGAGCCAGUGGCAAUUGGUCUGCUGAUUCUGGCCAUUGGCCUCUCCAUGGGUGCCAACUGCGGUUACCCACUGAACCCUGCUCGGGACCUCGGACCUCGGCUCUUCACCUAUGUGGCUGGCUGGGGACCUGAGGUCUUUAGUGCUGGCAAUGGUUGGUGGUGGGUGCCUGUGGUGGCUCCCAUGGUAGGUGCUGUGGUGGGCACUGCCACAUACCAGUUGCUGAUAGGUUUGCAUCAUCCUGAAGAUUUGGAGCCUGCCCAGGAGAAAGAUUCUGAAUUGAAGUUCAUGUCUCAUCUCACCUGCUCAGAGAAGAAUUCAUGAUAACUUUUCUUCUUCCAACGUUACUACAGACAUUUAAACAACAACAAAUCCCCCCAAAACAAAAACCAACAAGGAAAACUAUAUUGGAUGGUAUUUACAACAAAUACUUCUAUAUCCAAACACCAACAGCAACUAAAACUAACUUGAUAAUUUCUUCUACUAUUUUCAAUUUUACAAAUUAGAUUUGGUUAAAUUGGACUGCCUUACUUGAACAUGUAUUACUCUAUCUCCCAUCUCAAUCUUUGCAUUUGCUGUUCCCUAUACCUAAAAUACAUUCCUUCGUCAUCUCCACAACUUGGAAUCCUUGAGUUCAUUCAAAAUUCAGCUCAAGUGCCUUAAAGUCUCUGAAUCAUCUCUACUCUCAAACUUCUCUCUCCAAACUACCUUUUAUGUAUUUAAAAUAUUUUUUGUAUAUACUUAUACAUGUGCAAAUUAUCUUUCCUGAUAGAAUGUAAGCUCUUUGAGAGUAGGGUCUGUUAGUAGAGUGUCUAGCACACAAAAGACACUUAAUAAAUGUUUGUUGAUUGACUGGA